AUGUUCAACAAAAACAACACCACAUUCCUCCACUUCCCUCAUGCCUCCUCCUCCUCCUCCCCCGGCACGGAGUUCUUCUCCGGCCACCACCACCACCACCACCCAGAGUUCUUCUCCGGCCACUACCACCGCCACCACCCAGAGUUCUUCUGCGGCCACCACCAGCCGGACCCCACCAUCCCAACCGCCGGCCAUCCGGCGCCUCCGCCACCAACCCGAAAACCGACCCCAAAGAAAGACCGUCACAGCAAGAUAUACACGUCGCAGGGACCACGCGACCGCCGGGUCCGCCUCUCCAUCGGCAUCGCCCGGAAAUUCUUCGACCUCCAAGAAACGCUCGGUUUCGACAAGCCGAGCAAAACUCUCGAUUGGCUCCUCAACAAGUCCAAGGCCGCCAUCAAAGACCUCGUCGUCCGGUCAAACGGCGAAAAGACCGUCAUUACCCCUUCGGCACUGGCACCCUCCGAACGCGAGGCUUCGUCGUGCGAUGAAGGGUGGCCGCCCAAGGGCAAAUCGGGAAAUAACAAAAAUAAGGAUGCUCUGGAUUUAGCCAAGGAGUCGAGGGCAAGGGCCAGGGCUCGGGCUCGGGAGAGGACUCGCGAGAAAAUGUGCAUCAAACAAAUAUGCGGUGGGGACGUGAACACUAUGAACAUGAACAUGAAUUUUCAACAGAAUUUCGGGUUUCCUGCCGAGAAUUGGAAUGUUUGCGAACAACUCGGCUCGACUCAGUCCAGUCUACUGUGCGCCGUUUUGGACCAGCACAAGUUCAUGAAUAGGUAA